UCGGCGGGGCUCAGCCGCCGCCCCCCGCUCCCGGCGCGACGCCCCCGCGGCGCUGCCCCAGCCAUGAAGGCGGCGGUGGAUCUGACCAUCAUCAAGACGGAGAAGGUGGACAUCGAGCUCUUCCCGUCCCCCGACAUGGAAUGUGCAGAUGUGCCUUUGUUAACACCCAGCAGCAAAGAAAUGAUGUCCCAGGCUCUGAAAGCCACGUUCAGUGGCUUUGCCAAGGAGCAGCAGCGGCUGGGGAUUCCCAAAGACCCCCAGCAGUGGACGGAGACCCACGUGCGGGACUGGGUGAUGUGGGCAGUGAACGAGUUCAGCCUGAAGGAGGUGGAUUUCCAGAAGUUCUGCAUGAAUGGAGCUGCCCUCUGUGCCCUGGGCAAGGAGUGCUUCCUGGAGCUGGCACCUGACUUUGUGGGAGAUAUCCUCUGGGAACAUCUGGAGAUCCUGCAGAAGGAAGAGGUGAAACCGUACCCAGCAAACGGAGUGAGCACCACAUACCCCGAGUCCCGCUACACCUCAGACUACUUCAUUAGUUACGGCAUCGAGCACGCCCAGUGCGUGCCCCCCUCCGAGUUCUCCGAGCCCAGCUUCAUCACCGAGUCCUACCAGACCCUGCACCCCAUCAGCUCGGAGGAGCUGCUGUCCCUCAAGUACGAGAGCGACUACCCCUCGGUGCUGCUGCGGGAGCCGCCGCAGGACUCGCUGCAGAACGACUACUUCUCCGUCAAGCAGGAGGUGGUGACGCCAGACAACAUGUGCAUGGGCCGUGCCAGCCGAGGUAAGCUGGGAGGCCAGGACUCCUUCGAGAGCAUCGAGAGCUACGACAGCUGCGACCGCCUGACGCAGUCCUGGAGCAGCCAGUCCUCCUUCCAGAGCCUGCAGCGCGUCCCCUCCUACGACAGCUUCGACUCUGAGGACUACCCUGCCACCCUGCCCAGCCACAAGCCCAAGGGCACCUUCAAGGACUAUGUGCGGGACCGGGCCGACAUGAACAAGGACAAGCCUGUCAUCCCUGCUGCUGCCCUGGCUGGCUACACAGGCAGUGGACCCAUCCAACUGUGGCAAUUCCUGCUGGAACUGCUCACUGACAAGUCCUGUCAACCCUUCAUCAGCUGGACGGGCGAUGGCUGGGAAUUCAAACUUUCAGACCCAGAUGAGGUGGCCCGGCGAUGGGGCAAGAGGAAAAACAAGCCCAAGAUGAACUACGAGAAGCUGAGCCGCGGGCUGCGCUACUACUACGACAAGAACAUCAUCCACAAGACGGCGGGGAAGCGCUACGUGUACCGCUUCGUCUGCGACCUGCAGAGCCUGCUGGGCUACAGCCCCGAGGAGCUGCACGCCAUGCUGGACGUCAAGCCCGACGCCGACGAGUGACGGGGGCGCGCGCCGCCCGCCUCGCCUGCGCUCCGGUGGUUCGAGCCCUUCUCGCUGUUCUUCUGCUCGGUCUUUGUUUUGGUUUUUUUUUGGGUUUUUUUUUGUUUU